AUGUACAAUUAUAACCAUCAACUUGACAUAACACGGUAUUGUAUUAGAAUUUGGUUGUGCUACUUUUUAUUUGGCGUUGGACAACCCUCACGCGUACGCACUCAUUUGUUUUUGCUGUCGCAUUCUCUCGAUUUUCAAUUCUCGGUAGUGCGGAAUUCGUGUUGCUCGUCGUUGCGGUUUGUGUUUAUUUUAAGGAUCGAGGACGUGAGAUCACUGUUCCGCUUAGAAGUGGUUUAUGUUGUGAUCUGGAUAAAUCGUUCCCGGAUCCCGAUAGUACGUUAUCUCGCCCCGAGAGGGGAUAUAAGGAAAUCCAAGAUGUUUUACAUAAAUAUGUUGUUUUAA